AUGCUUUCAGAUGCGGAGUUCUCCCACCGCCUUGACGUUGCGUUGGCGCAGACGACGAAGAGCUUUCAGCACGCUAUCCCCUUUGGUGACCGCAUGGUGGAGCUCGGCGGGUCUGUUAUGGAUAACUCCAUGCGGCUUGGCACCUUAAUGUCUUGUGCCUCUUCGCCCCCUCGUGCAGGCGGGCUAAGUAACACACAGAAGGACGAGGAGGCGCAAGCCACGGAGGAGAUGUUGCGGGAAAUUGCGAAGAUUGAGAGCGAGUCCCGCGUGGAGGGUCUGCAGCAUUGGCUGGACCGUGCUUCCGAGGGACGUCGUAUGGGCGAACGGUGUCUGAGUGUCCUUAAGAACUUAUCAGGCUGUUUAGGCUCCAUGCAAGACGUCACGGGGGCUGUGCAAGAGCAAAGCAACCUCCUGAGCAGCAACGCGUCCGCGCUUAUGGUCCGGAAGACAAAACUGGAGAUGGUCCAGGAGGAGCUUGAACGGAUGAUUGGGCAUUUCACCCGCAUUGAAGUUUUGGCACAGGAAGCCGAGAGCCCUGCGCUCUCGGCCGCCUCCACACGCUACCCAGGCAUGCUGCAGGAGAUGGAGGAGGAGAUGCAUUUUCUGUCUCGGAACCCACAGCUGUUGUCCUCCAAGACGUACGCAACACGAUUGGCGCUGGCGCAGCAGCGUGCCCUUCAGUGUCUAAAGGAUGCCAUUGUGGCAUCAUUGCAGUCUGCGCAAAUUGUGACUGUGAACGCUGAGGCCUACCAAGUGUCGUUCUAUCAGCGACGGCGGAAGAGUUCAAGUGAAGCCACAGAUACGGGGGGACCUGCAGGUACUACCGCCACCACUGUAUCCUUGCCACUCCCUAGUGUAAAAGAUGGGUUGGACGCUCAAAGAUAUGUCGCAGAGUCACUUAGCCGCAUUAAUGCGAUUUUUUGCGAUAAACUUAGUGAAAAAGCCUCUCUUCGACGAAUGAUGGAGGCACGGGGAGGGGAAGUCGAUUCGACGGAUGACAUGAACGACAACGAGAUCCUUGACGCCUACCGUGAAACGCGUAUUUUAGUUGUAGGACCUCUUCUUAAAAACUGGCUAGAGGCAUGGUGUGGCGUUGAUGCGAUGGUGCAGCCAAUGCCGAAACUUGUGAAUCAUCUCACUUCUCUCAUGAAGGUUGCCAUAAUGGGAGAAAAGGAGGUCUUUGAUCGAGUAUGGCUGAGAGAAGACUUUAGCGCACGUGUUUUUCAGCAGCUUGUUAAUGGUCUUUCUAAUGAGGUCUAUCAUGUGUUCCGCUCCCAACUAUUGCAGGUGGAUGAGCUGGAGGAGUUGGCGCUAACAAUAGAGGCGAUCCAGUGGGAGAGUACGAGGCAUGAUGGUAUUGCGGAGCUCGGUGAACUGCUCAUCAAGUUAAUUCAGGACACACAGGAACGUUUGAUAUUCCGCACAAGUGUAUUUUUGCGUCAGUCGAUUAUGCGUGGUGGCCCCACCAAGGCGAUGGUGCAGGAAUUUCAAAAGGACGGUGUCACUUCGAGUGAGUCCUACAUCCCGGCUCUUAGUAACUGUGUGGCCCUCCUCCGUAUUCUUUACCCUUCUCUGGAAUUUUCCGUCUUCUCAGUCUUUGCGGAGGAAGCUAUUCACUGCACCUUAACGCAGGUGCAAGAGCUGGCGAGGCUUAUGAGUCAACAGCGAGGGGAGGACGGCGUUAUGAAAGGCGUUAUGUGUCAACUGUGUCAUCUGCUUCACCUUCGUGAGGAGCUCUCACGAAUCGACGAAAAUAUUACUGUUGUGGAGAAGCGUAUUGAUCUUAGCAAAAUUGCGCAGCGACGACUUGAAAUUGUGCAGUCUUCGCGGGAGUCCAAAAAGGAUGUGGAGACGGAAAUCAAGAUGUGCUGCGAGCGUCUGGUGCAGAUGCUCUUUGCAGAGAUCUCCGCACCGCUAUCGGGAAUCGCACGUAAAAAACCGGAGGAAAUUCAGCUUGCCGUUGCCGCAAUGGAGGAAAAAUGGACGACCCAGAAAGAAUUGCUUUGCGUGUUUAUUUCCAAUGCAACAACGCGGGAAGUUCUCCUGCGCCCUGUAAGGGCGAGACUUGACGAGCUGCUGCGCGAAACGGACUCCAUACAACAACAGCAGCAACAGGUGGUUGAACCGAGGGCUGAAGGGGAGAACGCAACGGUGGGAGGUCUGUCUGUGCCAGCGGCAACGGUCAGCACUCCCUCCGUACCCGGGUCGGGCUUCCCUGGAGUGGGAAGGGACGGAGGGAAAUAA